AUGAUGGAAUACAGAGGAACGCGCCGAGGGCCGCUGCCUGGAGGUUGCCAGGGCGCGUCCGGAGCUGGCGCUGGACGCGAAAGCAUGCGAACCGCCAGCCGAGCGAGAGGUGCUGCACGACCACCCAUCAGUCCCUCGCAUACAUCAUCUCCACUAUCUGGCUUGGUGUCGGCAGGGUCUUCGCGGGCCCAGCAAUCGGCACCCGCCACUGGUGGAGUACGCCGCAUGCGAUGGACAAUCAAAAUGAUUACCAACGCACUGCUGGCGUAUAAUAGGGCUAAAGGGGGAGAAGUCGGGGGUUUGGCAUAUCGGGCUAGGACGCAUCAUCUUUUUGCUGAGCUGGAGCCAUCUAUAACCGUCACUGAGCAAAACCUGGCAGACCGAGUUCGGUAUAUCUUGCGCUCAAAUAUAUUUGAUGUUGCCGAAAUCGAACGUCUACGGCGUGAGGCUGUUCCUUCAUCAGGAACUGAAACUAGAGCAAAUGAGGAGUACUUUGGAAGAAGCGAUUGUGGAAACGCGCAGUACGCCUCUCGAAAAUCGACCGCGACUUCCCCGCAUAGCUCUAAGCAAGUGGAAUCGGGCUGUCGUGAGUGCUUUGAACCCAAUGCUGGUGACCUAUUUGGAAGCCAGCCGGGAUCUUUGCGAGCCGGACUCAAUUCUUUUUGGCGCCGCACUGGCAGUUUGGUAAUUAUAGGCGCCAAACUCUCCAUGGCUGGACGCGCUACUGGACAAAGUAGUGCUAUCCCAGCCCGGAGAAUAAGAAUUGAAGAACGUAUCGCAAAGGCUAGGGCCCUCAUCGGCAGACAGAUAUGCUUCAGGUCAGGCAAUACCAGGCCAAGGAUUCUGCGCACCGUCAGGAUGGCGUUUGCUGGGACAAAUGUUAGUUUGUCCCAGCCGGAUAUAUUGCAAAAAUUGACGGAGCGCAUAGACGACCUGAAGCAGAGAAUCGCUGCUUGGGGAAAGCGGAUUCGGCGAUAUACCGAGAGGUCGACACGGUUCAACCAGAAUCGUCUCUUCCAGAGCGAUCAGAAGAUGCGUUAUAAAUCAUUGGAGCGACCUAUGAUAAGUGGAACGGGCCCCGCACCAAAUCAGGCCGACACGGUCGCAUUCUGGCGCCGCCUGUGGUCAGAGCCCGUAAACUACAGUGGGGGCCCUUGGACGGAAGUUGUGGCGAGUCAGUGUGCGGGUAUAACACCCAUGGACCCCGUCAUCAUAACGCCGGAUGACGUAGCUGAGGCGGUCCGUAGGGCCCCGAACUGGAAAAGUCCGGAUCUUGACGGGCUGCAUCAUUACUGGCUGAAGGGGUUCAUGGUGUGUCACGUUGUACUUGCCCGACAGUUUCAAGAGGCUCUCAACCAGAAGUCGCUCACAAGCCUCUUCACUACUGGGAUCACUCAUUUGGUUCCUAAAGACCAGGAUACCACAGACACGAGCAAAUACCGCCCCAUUACGUAUCUUUUCAAUCUUAUUUGCAAGAAAGGUAUUUACUACUAUGAUUAUAUUGACUAUUGGGCGCGAUAA